UUAAAAUAACUUUUUUUAAACUUUAUUUGUAUGCAAUACAGGUAAUUUGUGAGUCAGCAUUUAUCUAAAUUUAAGCACACUUGGACGACUUCAGUAUAAGCUUACUUGGAUGCUAUAGUUUGAGUCUAUAUACUUGGAUGCCGCCUAAUAGAUAUAAAUGAAACACCCACCUUCGCCUCUCAUCUCAAUGCUAUUAUAAAUUGUAAGGAGUACGAUCUAAAUUGGCAUAGUAAAGAAAGCUAUUUUUUUGCACUUGUAUAUAUUUUGGCAUGUAAUAAUCUUUCAAUCAGGUGUGCAGUGCUUUAGUAUACCUAGUAUGUAAAAUCAAAGUGAACAAACAUAAAUAGAUUUAUUGAGAUUGUCUUAAAUAACAUUACAUAUGUAAAUAUUGACAAACAACACAUAAGUGUGUAAAAGAAGAGUUGAAGGUCAAUAUCCAGGUUAUUAAACAGUGUUUAGGAAGUGAGUUGUGAAGUGAACAACAUUAAGGAUGAAUUCAGGAGAAGAUCAUUGGUGGGGGUCAGCAACAUGUCCAAAUGUUGUCAAGUGUCCGACUGUCAUAUCCAUGGUUGGCCUCCCAGCCAGAGGCAAAACUUACAUGUCCAAAAAGCUAACUCGCUAUCUGAAUUGGAUUGGCAUUAAAACUAAAGCAUUUAAUGUUGGAGAAUAUCGUAGGGCAGCUACUGAGGCUUAUAGAACUCAUGAUUUCUUCAGAGCUGACAAUAAAGAGGCACAGGAAGUUAGACAGAAAUGUGCAAUAAUGGCAGUAGAAGAUGCCUGUAAAUUUCUAGACAGUGGCGGUGAAGUUGCUGUUUUGGAUGCUACCAACACUACUAGAGCAAGGAGACGUUUACUGGUAGAUCUUAUAAAAGAAAAACACAAGUUUAAGAUUUUCUUUGUAGAGUCUAUAUGUAAUGAUCCAACUAUUAUAGAAGCUAAUAUUGUUGAAGUAAAAGUAUGUAGUCCAGAUUAUGAAGGAAUGGAUAAAACUUCUGCUGUACAAGACUUUAUACAGCGUAUAGAGCAUUAUCGUGAACACUAUGAGGAACUAGAGCAUGAGAAGGACAAUGAUUUGUCAUACAUACAGAUAUUUAAUCAAGGGGAGAGAUUUAUGGUACAUAAACUAGCAGGUCAUUUACAAAGUAGAGUUGUUUAUUAUUUAAUGAAUAUUCAUGUAUUACCAAGAGCCAUUUAUCUAACUAGGCACGGUGAAAGUGAAAUGAAUUUGUUAGGAAGAAUUGGAGGGGAUAGUGGAUUGUCAGAGAGAGGUCAUGAGUAUGCACAGAAGUUGGGUAAAUAUGUACAAGACGAAAACAUUCCAAAUCUACGAGUGUGGACCAGUGAACUUGUUAGAACUAAACAGACAGCAGAAUUUAUAGAUGCACCCAAAGAAAAUUGGAAAGCUCUGAAUGAAAUUGAUGCUGGUAUAUGUGAAAAAAUGACUUAUGAAGAAAUCCAGGAGAAAUAUCCACAUGAAUUUGCAUCACGAGACCAAGAUAAAUUCCAUUACAGAUAUCCCAGUGGCGAGUCAUAUCAAGAUUUGGUUGCCAGACUAGAACCUGUUAUUAUGGAAUUAGAAAGACAAGAAAAUGUGAUGGUUGUAUGUCACCAAGCUGUUAUGAGAUGUUUGUUAGCUUAUUUUCAAGAUAAAUCAGCAGAUGAAAUCCCUCAUGUGAAGGUGCCCUUCCAUACGGUGGUAAAAUUGAAAUUGACUGGACAUGGCUGCGAGUGUCUACACAUACCACUGCUGACAAGAAGAUCUUCCCUACUUAAAAGUUCCUCUACACACAGUGAUCAAACUGACGCCAGUAGCUUAUGGCUGUAGAGUAGAAUAUAUCAGCCAAAACAUAGAGGCUGUUAAUACUCAUCGGGAUAAAC